UAAAAAGAUUUUGUCUUCUCUCAGAAUGUAAAAAAGGAAUCGCCUCCACACUAGCCUUCCAUCCUCUACCCUUGUUUCAGUCUUUGGAACAUUCUAAUCCAGUGAUGAACAUUGAGUGAACAGAAUUCUACAGUAAGGGGUAAUGAUAACCCCCAUCUAGAGAUUGUACUUGGCAUUGAAGGCUGCAAUCACCAUUCACCAACACGUUUAAUUGAAAAUAAUAUAAUGUACACUGGUGCGUGUGCGAGUGAUGAUGUUGCUCUAAUUUGAAUGUAUGUUACCAGAUUUACAGAAUCCAAGAUGGUAGCCAAUCAGUCUGUCCGUUUGUAUAUGUGAUCCUUGAGUGCAGAGUUUUAAGCGUUUUUAUCUUUUAAUGACCCUGGUCCUGUUUACAGAAGCAACUACUUUUUACGUGAAGGUGGAUGCUGUAUAUAACAACUUAUUUUUAUAUCUCAGUCUCUAAUUUACUUAUACAACGAUUUUGGAUUGAGAAGGCCUUUAUUUUUUAUUACACCUUUCUGGAGUUGGAGCUCGCCGUGUCAGGAGCGUCUGUCUGCGCGCAAGGCCUGCUACGCGAGCGCAGGUGCGCAUUGAAGACUAGGAACGGAGAAGCGGUUAUCGGAUUGGAAAACCUGAUGCACCGUGGACGGUGGGAAAAUCUACCUCGUAAUACACAACGUCUACUGGUCGUUGCACACCUGUGCUGAAAUACCUCUAAAACCGGCAUUAUGUAUCUGUUACUGUGCCUGCUCUUUACUCAAUGCCAUCCUCGAUUAAAUAGGCUGAAUGAUCAAUGGGUAUGUCCAAGGAGGAUGCCAUGACAGCUUACAUCGCACUUGCUAAGGAGAUCAUCAGCAAAUACUAAUAUGAUGAUGAAGUCGUAUCCAGGGUGUGACUAGAAAUGGUUAUUAUGAGGAGAGCUGCAUCUCAUUCAGCCACAAGCCAUAGGUUAUGAGAAGCUACUGCACUAGGAAAAUUAUUCAUUUUUUCUCCUUAGAUUGAACUUUCUUGACUUUUAAAAUGUGGAGUUUAUUGGAUAUCAACCCCUAUGCACUUUUGGGAUGUUGAAUGUAUGAUUUAAUAAAACUUUGUUUAAAAUUACGCUCAGUCUAUUUUAUUUGUAGAUAUAUGAUGAUAAACAAGGGUAAUAUUCUAUAUUUAUAUGUUCCUGUCUUCUUACCUCUAAAGAUGACACACACACACUAUUGAGAUAAACACUGGGUGAUUUAUUAACAAUGCAAAAGCUCACUAAGGAUGUAAACAUGAUGAACAGCGUUUCCCAUAACAUUAUUUUAUCAAAUAAAGAAUUAAUGAGUUUUUAAAGGGUAGCGCUCUCUCACUCACUCAGACAAGUAAGGUCCCCACCACCCCUAUAGCUCUGCGGCCCUCCUAAUAAAUACCUCUGCUAUUAAGCCCUGUUGGCCACCACAAGACUUGCAGGGCUAGUUUGCAGCCUAGGUUGAAAUAACAGUCAUUAUUUUUAACCUAGGUUGCAGCUAGGAACUUUAAUUUACUUGGUUGCCUGGAAAUCACAUUUCUGGAACGGACUUGUGCCUUACUUCCUGUUUAUGUGUCUUUGUAGCAGAGAUGGAAUGGAAAUUCCAAUCCUCCAGUAUCUCUGUUGUAGCUAGCUGGUAUGCAAUGAAAUGUCGCUUGCUACUGAAAUUUAGUUGGCUAGCUUUAAGCCAUAGAAAAUAUUUGGGCUAUGUUAUAUAAAUGGACGUAUGUUUUCUACUUUAUUAUGUAUGUAAACACAUAGGUCGACAAGACGGAGCCAUGAAGGACAGACAGCAUGGUUGUUCAGGAGAGGGGUUUAAAACCGUCACUGUUGAUUGGCCAGACAGCAACGGUACCACUGAAGAACGUUAGCAAGUAAGUCAGCGAGCUAGCUAAGUGUGCUGAGACUUGCGUUACAUCGACGGACCCCAUCGCCUGUUCCAAUACGGUUCAUGAGUGUACUGUAAAAACUUGCCAUAACAAACACAAGGACUGGGUCAGAUAUGUUUCACCAACUUCCAUUGAGAGAUCUGGACCGAUUGAGACUAUGGCUAGUUGCCCUGAACAUUAACGCCAAUAGUCCGACUGACGACCUCAGAAAGUUACUAGUAUGCUCAGAAUUUUUUUUCCCGGGACUAUUAUGAGAGAAUGGAACUGUCAAGCAGUAAGAUUUAAAGUUAUGUCCCAUCAGUGGGCAUUCUAUGCACGACAUGUAGGCAAGCCAUAUAAACGGACAUGUUUUCUAAUUCUUUAUUAUUGUGUUAAGAGGGAGCCAUGGAGGACAUACAUCAUGGUUGGUCAGGAGAGGGUAUUAACACAGUCACUGUUGAUAGGCCAGAUGGCAGCAGUGCCACUGAAGAAUGUUGUCCGUCCAUUGAGGAGGACCAGUGCGUGAACAUUCAGCCCAGAAGCUCAGAUGAGUUGAACCACGGAGAACAGGUGAGUGAAGUGUCAGUGGUCCUGCCGCGUGAAUACAGAGACGUAGACGACAGCUGUUCCCUGAGGAUGGAGGGGAACAGGUCUGUGAAGCAGGAGACUAGAAGUGUUGCCUCCUAUAGCGAGGAAGAGAAGAAGCUGUUGGCUGCCAUGGUGUUUGAGAAGGGGGAACUGGAGCUGACUGGCUCUCUGGUGACUGAGGAUCUACAGUACAGUGAUGCAGACACUGCACCCAAUAGGGAGGAAAGGGCUCUACCUAGAGGAGGAGAAAGGAGAUGAGAGACAGGCAGAUGAAGGGACUGCCCAGCAGAGAGGAGCGGCAGGCUAAUGCUGAGUGGGAACCCUCAGUGGAGCCGGAGGUGACUUUAGAUUCUGUGUGUGAGUGAGUGAGAGACGGCGCGUGAGCGGGCCUACACUCCACGCCGACACAAGAAGCUGUGUGUGUGAUGGCCAGCCCUGAGGAGCCUGUUGGGUUUGACAAACUCUGCAUGCGGUUCCACGACCUCGACAGUUAUGAGGAGCACGUCCGUCGAGAGCACUCCAAACGUUCACGGCCUCUCUGUCCUGACUGUGGCAUCCUCAUCGCAACGUUACUCAGUGUGGGGCAUCAGUGUGAACAAGUUCAAGCUGUUCCGCUGUUCUGUCUGUGGGAAGCGCUGUGUGGAUGAAGCUGGCCUUAAGCAUCACCAGAGGCUUCACCAUCAAGAGCAUGUCUACUGUAAGUUCUGCCUCAAGCCAUUCAAGGCCAGGGAAGACAAGCGGACCCACGAGAAGGACGACAAUCGGGUCAAAAAGUUGCACUAUAGGUGCUCCAAAUGCCCCUUGCGAUUUUACAACAUCUUGAAACGGAACCACCAUCUCAGAGAGCAUGAGUCCAAGAGACAUUUGUAACACGUGCUACAAGGAAUUCCCCCAACUUAGCAAGCUUGAGAGGCACGAGCUGAGGCACAGUGACAACAAAUCUUUCAGGUGUCAGGUGUGCCAGCGUCCCUUUGCCCAGGCCAGCCAGCUGAAGUCUUACCUGCACGUCCACACUGGGGUGAAGCCCUUCAAUUGCCAGUGCUGCGUCAAGAGCUUUAACCACAACGUCAGCCUCAAGAACCUCGUCACACGCUAUCACCAAGGGGAGAGUGGGGAGGGAGUGGAGGUGGGAGAGCGGAGGAGCAGGCGACAGUGGAACUAUGACCCUGAGGAGGAGCGUCAGAAUGAGAGUGAUUCUGACUUUGACCUGGAGGAAGAGGAGAAGACAGGGAGUAAAGGGAAAGGUAGUGGAGGAGGGGGGCACUGGUAGAAGCCUCUAGGAGAGAUACAUGUGGACACUGCUGUUGAAAAGCUGGAUACAUUAUCAUCACCACCCCAGAGAGAACCAGACCAGAACCAGGAGCCACCUACCGGUGUCAUUAAAAAAAGUCUUAUCGGUUUUGUCAUGACCAUAAUGUUUUGUCAUGACCAUAAUGUUUUGGCUUUGAACAUUUCUUAGAACUCUUGAGGCUUUUGUUUUUGUUUUAAAAAUAUAUAUUGUUAAAGAAAUGUGUUUCACUGUUCUACAUCAUCAAAUGUCCAGAAAAAAUCUGAUGGGUUUGUGAAGUGAAUAUGUUACAAAGAAUUUGCUGGACCAGCCCACUAGUUAAGAAGCAGAGAGAUAACCUCAUCUUGGAUAUAACCAGUGAGGAAGCAAGAGGCUUGACUCCGCUCUAAAGUCUGUCAGUGCAAAAAUACAGUGUUAACACGUGGAAUUGGGGAUUUUUUUUUAAUGGAGGUCAAUGAAAGAAUGUCGAAUUUGGUCAACAGUUAAAUAAAGGUUACAUAAAAAUAAAUAAAACAACAUCAAAUGAAA